AUGGACUUUCUUAGACGAGUCGCUGGCCCGACGCGUCUCGACAUGUUCUGGAACAGUGACAUCCGGAAGAGCCUUGGAUUACAGCCUUUGCUUCUUCAGACUGAGAAGUCACGGCUGCGAUGGCUUGGGCAUGUGUUCCAGAAAGGAAGGCGAAGCAAGUGUUCCUUGCAAAUUCUGACCGGCAAAAGACCCAGGGGACGGCCAAGAUUAACCUGGAUCGGGAACGUUGGAAGCUCUGUCUACCUCCGCGACCCGAAAGGAGUAGCGGCGAUGGAAGAUGAACAUGAAGAUGAUGAAGAAGUAAGUGGAUGCAUGAUUUUGGAUUCAAACCAGCCUGUGCCAUUGGGUGAUUGCCAGCUGGCAAUGUAA